AUGGGCUCCAUGAGUGCAGCAAAUGCAGAAUUUUGUUUUGAUGUAUUCAAAGAGCUGACAGUUCACCAUGCCAACGACAACAUCAUCUUUUCCUCCCUGAGUUUGAUUUCAACUCUGUCCAUGGUGUAUCUGGGAGCAAGAGGUAACACUCAGUCUCAGAUGGAGAAGGUUCUUCACUUUGAUAAUGCUACAGGAGAUAGAGACACUACUGACUCCCAGUGUGGCCCUUCUGAACAAAUCCACAGUACACUGAAGGAUCUUCUCUUAGACAUCACCAGGCAAAAUGCUACGUACUCACUCAGGAUUGCUGACAGAAUCUAUAUUGACAAAACAUACCCUGUUCUUCAGGAAUAUUUAAAGUGUGCAAAGAAAUUCUACAAAGCAGAGCUGGAAGAAGUUAACUUCAAAACAGCUGCAGAGGAAGCAAGACAGCUCAUUAACUCCUGGGUGGAGAAAGAGACAAAUGGACGGAUUCAAGAUUUGAUUAUGCCAGACUCUGUUGAUCUCGAUACUGCACUGGUCUUUGUGAAUGCCAUUUACUUCAAAGGGAUAUGGAAGACCGCGUUUAGAGAAGAAGACACUCAGGAAGUGCCCUUCAAUGUGACAGAGCAAGACAGCAGACUUGUGCAAAUGAUGUGUCAGAACAGUACCUUCAAAGUGGGAAGAGUUGCUGCAGACAGAAUUAAGGUCCUGGAGCUUCCAUAUGCCAGUGGAGAGCUGAGCCUGUUGGUGAUGUUGCCUGAUGACAUCUCUGGCCUGGAACAGCUCGAGAACAAACUCAGCUAUGAAAGACUCAUGAAGUGGACCAGUCCCAGUGUGAUGGAGAAGAAGAGGGUGAAAGUGUACCUCCCACGCAUGAAGAUUGAGAAAAAAUAUAACCUCACAUCUGUCCUAACAGCCCUGGGUAUGACCGACCUGUUCAGCCCCUUGGCCAAUCUCUCUGGCAUCUCUUCAGCAGAGGGCCUGAAGAUAUCUGAGGCCAUCCAUGAGGCGUACAUGGAAGUCACUGAGGAGGGCACUGAGGAGACUGGCUCAGCUGUUGUGACAGGAGAUAUCCAACAAUCCCCUGAGUUUGAAGAGUUUAGAGCUGACCACCCAUUCCUUUUCUUGAUCAGACACAACCCAAGUGACAUGAUCCUUUUCUUUGGUAGAUAUUGUUCUCCCUAA